AUGGCACCGCCAAUUCUAAGAGGGAAUGAAGGACCCUUAGGGACCGAGGAGUGGAUGCGCCAGAUGGAAUGCAUUUUCAACUACAUGCGUUGCAGGGACGACUUGAAAGUGACAUGUGCAGCCUUCCAACUAACAGACGAUGCAGGACACUGGUGGGAGUCGGAAACCGCUGCCCUCACUGAAGAGCAGAUGAGAGCUAUCACCUGGGGAACGUUCAAGGAGAAAGUGAUGGGAAAGUAUUUCCCAAGGGCUUUUCGCAAACAAAAGGAGAUAGAGCUCAUGAACUUGGAGCAAGGAAACAUGACCGUUCUAGAAUACGAGCGGAAAUUUACCCAACUAGGUCGUUUCGCCCCCCACUUAGUGGACACUGAUGAAAAGAAGGCCUUGAGAUUUGAAAUUGGGUUACGCCCUGAGAUUGGAGGGAACUUAGCAGCUCUAAACAUCACAUCAUACUCGGAAAUCUUAGAACGAGCCCAAGCAGUCGCAUCACGCCUGAAACUGGACAACUCUGUGGUUCGACCUCAACAUACUGGAGAAAAGAGGCACUGGGAUGAUCAAGACAAAAUGAGGAACUCCCAGCCAGAAAAGAAACCAAGGAGUAAUGUGGGAGACGACCAAGAAUUGGCGCCGCACAAACCUCUUUGUCCACGUUGUCAGCGUUACCAUUUCGGAGAGUGCAAAUCUGGCGAGAACGUAUGCUUUCGAUGUCACAAAGGAGGACACAUGGCGAUGAACUGCCCAGAAACACGAAGUACGAACGCCUCGAACAACAACAACGUCCCGACUUGGCGGAAUAGGGACAAUGACUGGGGAAGAAAUCAGGGCAACAACAACAACAACAACAGGGGAAGGAACCAAAAUUACAACAACAAUGGUGCCCGCAAGGGAGAGGCACGGGUUUAUGCCAUGAACCAGGAAGAGAUGGAUGGAGAGGCUCAGACUAUGUCAGGAGAUGACUCGGGCGAUGAGAGGCAGGGCGAGUGAUGGUCAAGAUAAAAGAAGAAUAAUGUUUUAUUUUCAAUUGGAAUAAAGACUCAGUUUAUGAUGUUUAUUUACAUUUCUCAGUUGGAUUUGA